UGCGCGUUCGUUAAAUAAGCAUCGGAAAUACAUCGAUAAUUAACUCAAACGCAAGACAAAAAAGACAGACAGCUAUCGACAGACAGCUCAGCGCAUCUGAUAUGAAUCUCUCCGGCAAAGCCGCUGUGUUUUGGGAAGAACUGAAGUCCGAUCGUUUCGCCAAGUACGGCGCUGUGACAGCAGUCACGGCCAUUAGUUUGGUUUUGCUGAGGAAAUGGAUCGCGGGUGGGGUGUGCCGCUGUCGGGUCCGUCUGGAUGGGAAGACGGUUAUGAUCACGGGUGCCAACACUGGCAUCGGCAAGGAGACGGCAAAGGACAUGGCACUGAGAGGGGCACGAGUCGUCAUGGCCUGCCGGGAUCUCACGCGAGGAGAGAAGGCUGCCAUGGAGAUCCGCAAGUCCACAGGAAAUGGGAAUGUGGUGGUUCGACACCUGGACCUGUCCUCUCUCCUCUCGGUGCGACAGUUUGUACACGAGUUUACUGCCACAGAGGACCGACUGGAUGUACUCAUUAACAAUGCCGGAGUGAUGAUGUGCCCCAAAAUCCUGACUGAGGACGGUUAUGAAACCCAGCUUGCUGUCAAUCAUCUCGGUCAUUUCCUCCUCACGGUUCUUCUUCUGAACUUGCUGAAGGCCUCUGCUCCCAGUCGUGUGGUUAAUGUGUCUAGUAUUGCACACAUAGGCGGAAAGAUCCACUUUGAUGACCUGAAUUUCAAUAGAACACCAUAUGACCCCUUGGUCAGCUACAGACAGAGUAAACUGGCCAAUCUCCUCUUCACCAGAGAGCUGUCACGACGAUUGAAAGGUUCUGGAGUGACAGCGUACGCUCUCCACCCGGGGGUGAUUCGUACGGAGCUGGGCCGUUAUGUCCGGACCCGCCACCCUGUGCUCAGUAAAGCGUUGUCAUUUCCUGCCCUCCUCCUGAUGAAGACUCCAUGGCAGGGUGCUCAGACCACCAUCUACUGCGCUGUCACCGAGGGGCUGGAGAGUCAGAGCGGCUGCUAUUUCAGUGAUUGUCGACUGAAGGAGCCCGCCCCUGAGGGUAAGGAUGACUUGGCUGCUAUGAGACUGUGGGACAUAAGUGCUAAGCUGGUGGGUUACCAUGAGGACGACUGAGCCCCCCAGUAUCCCACAAUACCCUUGUACUGAUGCCACUACAGGGCUCCUUACAUAAAUGUGGAACUGCUCCUGCUCCAGAGUAUCAGAGUGGUUUCAUGCUGUGCUGUUAUUUGUUACACAUAGCUUGUCUGUCACUGUCUGUGUCACAUCAAAAUAUUAAUAGAAAACAAAAAUGACUUCAUUGAUGAUUUUCCAGGAGCAUUUUGGUGCAGGAGGUUUAGGCAUGAGCAAAGGUUUGUGUAAAACUAGUAACACAGACUGUUACUAAACAAAGUAAGCUAUACUGAAAGCACCAGAGAUCAUUACACAUUUUUGAAGAACUAAA